AGAACGCCCAUCCCAGCCGCAGACAGCUGAGCCAGCGCUACGAGCGCACUGCAGCCGCGGGAGCUAAGUUAUGGUCCGGCCUAGAGUGCUUGAGCUUGCUUUCGAGCUGUAGAAAUUAAACGGAACCUCCAAUAUGGAAUUUAAGAAUGCCAUAUUUAAUGCUGCAAAGGAUGGCAAGCUUAAGCGCCUCAAGGUGUUUUUGGACCAUAGACCAAAGGAGGAAAUCCAGAGGUUGGUUUCCGCAACAACUAAUGGAGCGACACCGCUAGUGAUGGCAUCUCGCAAUGGCCAUCUCGAUGUGGCCGACUACCUUCUUGACAGAUGCCAAGCUGACAUUGAACAGGUGGGUUCGGUGAGCUUCGAAGGGGAGACCAUCGAGGGUGCUCCACCACUGUGGUGUGCGGCGGCAGCAGGCCACCUCAGUGUAGUACAGAGGCUGGUGGAGCGGGGUGCUCGCGUGAAUGCCACAACACGGACCAAUUCCACGCCGCUACGAGCUGCAUGCUUCGACGGCCACCUUGCCAUAGUGCGGUAUCUUGUGGAGCGUGGCGCUGACUUAGAAAUUGCCAACCGCCAUGGGCACACCUGUCUCAUGAUUGCCUGCUACAAGGGGCAUCUGGAUAUUGCCAGUUACCUCGUUGCUCAAGGUGCUCACGUCAACCGCAAGAGCGCCAAAGGAAACACUGCUCUGCACGACUGUGCUGAAUCUGGGAGCCUGGACAUUCUUCGGUUGUUGCUGGAACAUGGAGCCAGGGCUGAACGAGAUGCAUACGGCCUCACACCACUUCUGGCAGCGGCAGUCACAGGCCACGCCCCUGUGGUGGAGUUCCUUUCUUCGCUGCCCGACUGCCCGCGGGAGCAGCGCGUUGAGGCUUUGGAGCUACUGGGGGCCACUUUUGUCGACAAGAAACGUGACUCGCCCCGUGCCCUGGCUCUGUGGCGCAGGGCCCUGGAAGAACGCUGCCUUGAACCCCCUUUGCCCAAGCCCUACAGGAAAAGUACUGCAGCUUAUGGCCAUGCGAUUGAAGCCAACUCUCCAAUUGACCUGGACGAUCUUCUCUGCGAGCCUGACCAAAUGCGCAUGCAGGCACUCCUGGUGAGAGAGCGUGUAUUGGGUCCGGCGCACCCUGACACGGCGUACUACAUUCGCUACCGCGGUGCUGUGUACGCGGAUCUCGGUGACUUCAACCGCUGUGUGGCUCUAUGGCUCUAUGCACUGGACAUGCAGCAGCGCUGCCUUGAACCGUUCAGCCCCAUGACUCAAAGUAGCCUGCUGUCCUUUGCAGAGCUUUUCUGCUUCAUGAUGGCUGAGGCCAGGCCUGCAAGGUGAGAAACAUGUACACAA